AUGGAAAUCCUAUCUCAGAAAAGGGAGACUGAGCAGGCUAAUGAAGUACCCGGCUGCCAACAAACUGGAACAUGUCAGCAGUAUCAAUCCAGGCAUGCAGUGGUUGGAGACAUUAACACGUGUACAAGGCCAGCACCUAUUGGAACACACCUACUAGAUGAAUGGACAUGGUGGUACAUUGACCUUGAGAAAGUAAUCAGCAUUUACAGCAUAAGAAUACAGUUCAAAGGCUAUGGAGAACAAUAUGUUAUGAGACAAAGGGGGCGUUUUGCUAGUUUCUCGCUCUAUGUGUCAAACACAACUAUAAAGGAGGAUGGGUAUCUGUGUUACAAGAACGGACAGGAGUUACCGACCUUGGAUUUCAGUACAACUUGUGUCAAACAUGGACGUUACGUUAUAUUUUACAAUGAAAGACUUGACGGAACAACUUAUCCAUCCGGGUAUGAAACAGCCUUAGUUUACACUGAAUUGUGUGAAGUAACUGUAACAGGUUGUAAAGAAUCAGGGUUAUAUGGAUAUAACUGUGAUCUAUCCUACCCAAACAAUUGUCAGGAAUUGAGAUGUGACAUUGUCAACGGAACGUGUUUGGGUUGUACUGCAGGAUGGCUGGGGGAGUUUUGUAACAAAUCAUGUCCAGCUGGAUAUUACGGUUUACAGUGUAGAUCUACGUGUACUGGACACUGCAGAGACAACCUGUCUUGUAAUCACACCACUGGACAAUGUGACUAUGGCUGUGGCAAUGGAUGGACAGGGAUACAUUGUAACACACGAUAUACCGGGGAACGCUGUGACAAAGAGUGCCCUCCAGGAACAUAUGGUCCAGAUUGUCUGAAUGUCUGUAAUGUGACAAAGGGCUGUAAUCCAGGAUAUACCGAAGAACUCUGUGACAAAGAGGCACCUAAUGUCAGUAAUGAUGAGGAUAGUACUACAAAUGCAUAUAUUGCCGGCUUGUCAAUCUCAGUGGUCAUCAACUCCGUGCUUAUUGUUGUCAUUGUUAUAUUAUUGAGGGUAAUAUAUAACAGAAAACAAGAGCAGCGUUCUUCUGACUACAUCGCCAGUGCAGAAAUAUCGCCACCAUCACCGCCAUCAUCACAAGUCAGCAAUAACGAUGUACACCAGUAUCAGGAACUCAAGAUGCCCAAUGAUAGUUCAUACCAGAAUCUAUCAUCAAGAGAUCGUUUAUAAAAAGCAUUUUAAAUGAAA